AUGACGUCCACCUUCGAAAGGGUGGUCAAGAGCGUGGUCCGGGAGCUGGACCCCAAAGGAGACCUCAUCCCCGUGGACAGCCUGCGGAGCUCCAUCAGCUUCCGGCCCUACUGCCUGCUGGGCAGGAAGCUCUCCAGCUCAUGGUUCUGGAAACCCCGCUACAAGUGUCUCAACCUGUCCAUCAGGGACAUUCUGGAGCCUGAUGCCCCGGAACCAGCUGUGGAACGCGUCGCCUCUUUCCACAUCGAAGACCUCGUGGACGGGAUGGUGGAGGGCAACGUGGAGGUGAAAGCGCUGGGACAGGGCAAGUUUGUGAGCGGGGCAGCGGUGUCGGCCACAGCCAGCACCUCCGUGAACGUGUGCAUGCUGAAAGUGCCCCUCAACACGUGGGGGGCCAUGAAAAAAGAAAGCUGGGGACAUAUGGUGGGGCGGGCCUGCCAGGAUCUGCCCGCACAGUUCCCCGGACAAGCCCUUCAGGCCGUCGGCGUGGACACUAACCUCUACCUUCAGGCCCUGAAAGUCUUCAGUGACUGGCAUCUGGUCCUCGAUGUCCCCAUCUGUGUGGAGAGGGCUGGAAUUGCCCGGGCGCCCGCAGGACCCUGGAGAGCCCUGGUCAGGAAGGGCAGACUCCCAGGGGGCAAAGGGGAGCCCACCAAGGGUCUGAGGGUCGUCAAGAAGGUGCAGAGCGUCCUGGAGCAGAGCUCCCCCUGGAAGGAGCACAGGGCUGUGUCCCUGCCGCAGGAGCUCCUGGGGAGCAGCUGGGACUCAAAGGCACCUGCCUGGGUCCUGCUGGAGGAGUGCGGCCUGGAGCUGCGGGUGGACGUCCCCCAGGUGCACUGGCAGCCGGACGCGCAGGGCCGCACGAGCGCCCUCUACGCCUGCCUGGUGCUGCUGCCGCAUCUGAGCCAGGACAGCGCUUAG